AUGGAGAUCGACUGGAGCAAGCCGGAUUAUCUUUACCGCGUCACUUGCAGCUGCUGCUCACAGGCACUCACCGUCGAGGGUGAGGGCAUCGUGGCCCGCUCGCUCGACGACGUCGACCUCUUCGCUCGGUACAAGGAGAAAAAGCUCGCGAAGCUGCAGAGGUGCUUCGAAAAUCACAUGGACUGGUCAUGCAGAGAGCCUUCCCCUUUCAUGUCGGCAUACGGGGACAAGGAGACGGCAACGACAAGAGCCGCGAACCGCGCCGACGACGGGCAUACUGAUGUGGCCGUGACCAUGAUCGACGCGAGCUGUCUCGGUAAGGGGACGGUUCGGCACGUGGAUAAUGUGAGGAAACAGUUCGGCAUCCGGCUCAGGCCUGAAGUGUACUACGGUUCCCAGUACGAGUAUCUUAUCUUGCAUCGUGUUCCCGAAGCGGCAAUACUGGUCGUAGAGCAUGUUGGCCCUUGA